GCCGUGCGCGUCUCCCCUGAGGCGGGCGGGCGGCCGGGCCGGGCGGAGGCCGCGGCCGAGCCGGGGGCUCGCGUAGAUGUGCAGCCCGGGGGAGGCCCCCCCUGGGCUGGCCCCGGCGGGGGACCUGCCCCCGGAGUGGGAGACUGAUGAUGAGCGCAUGGCCUUUCUGUUCUCGGCCUUCAAGCAGAGCCGCGAGGUGAACAGCACCGAGUGGGACAGCAAGAUGGCCUUCUGGGUCGGGCUGGUGCUGGCCCGCGGCCGGCGGAGGGGCGCGGUGAGGACGUGCCUGAGGGAGCUGCAGAACGGCUUCGAGCGGCGGGGCAGCGUCCCCUUGGGGCUGGGCACCGUCCUCAGGGAGCUGCUCAGACGUGGAAAGCUCCAGAGGGAGUCAGACUUCAUGGCCAGUGUAGACAGCAGCUGGAUCUCGUGGGGUGUGGGAGUUUUCAUCCUAAAGCCCCUCAAAUGGACCCUCUCCAGCGUGCUGGGGGACAGCAAAAUUCCCGAGGAAGAGGAGGUUUUGAUUUACGUGGAGCUGCUUCAGGAGAAGGCAGAGGAAGUUUAUCGCCUCUACCAGAACUCUGCCCUCUCUUCCCACCCCGUGGUCGCCCUCUCUGAGCUGCGCUCCCUCUGUGCCGGGCUCUGCCCAGAUGAAAGGACCUUCUACUUGUUGCUGCUGCAGCUGCAGAAGGAGAAGAGGGUCACCAUCCUGGAACAGAAUGGAGAGAAGGUACAGGGUCCAGGUGACUGCUUUUGGGUGGUAUCAUCCCUGUCUCGUGUUCCAUCUGCCCGGAGAGAAAUGGAUUUUGGCCAUUUCGGUGGCUCAAGUGGGUGUUUGCUGUCCGGAAAGAUCGUGAAGUUUGCCCGAGGCCUCCACGCCAAGGUGUCCCCAAUGAAUGAUGUGGACAUCGGAGUUUAUCAGUUGAUGCAGAGUGAGCAGCUGCUGUCACAGAAGGUGGAGUCCCUUUCCCAGGAAGCAGAGAAGUGUAAAGAGGAUGCCAGGAGUGCAUGCAGAGCUGGGAAGAAGCAGCUGGCCCUGAGAUGCCUCAAGUCAAAGCGGAGGACGGAGCGGCGCAUCGAGGAGCUGCACUCCAAGCUGGAUGCGGUGCAGGGAAUCCUGGAUCGGAUCUACGCCUCCCAGACCGACCAGAUGGUGUUUAAUGCCUACCAGGCUGGAGUGGGAGCUCUGAAGCUUUCCAUGAAGGAUGUGACUGUGGAGAGGGCAGAGAAUCUGGUGGAUCAGAUCCAAGAGCUUUGUGAUACUCAAGAUGAAGUGGCCCAGACUCUGGCUGGAGUGGGGAUCAAUGGUCUCGCAGAGGUGGACUCUGAGGAGCUGGAGAAGGAGCUGGACAGUCUUCUGCAGGACUCGAGUAAGGAUUCCGUGGAUCUGCCUCCCGUUCCCCAGAUGGUGCCGAGUGCCCGCGUCUCUGAUGCCGAGCUGGAAGCUGAGCUGGAGCAGCUCUCUGUGUCUGCUGGAGAUCUGGCACAAAAGACUCCCUCUGCUUCUUCUGAACCCAAAACAGCUCUGGGACUGAACCUCUGAAGAGCCAACAGAAUCCUGUUGCUGCAGUUUGGGAAGUUGUCUCAAUGUCCCUUAAGUCAUGACCAGAACUUCCAAGGAGAGGGGGACACCCCCCUGUCCUUCUGGAUCUGUCUUUGCUCAGCAGCAGGAGCUCCUGCCAUGACAAUCCGCUCUGGACCUGGCCCCAGCUGGUGUUUGUCAUCUCUGUGCCAACAUCUGCACGGGUCUCGACCUGACUCGUGACCCCAAGUCACUGCCACAUCCAGUCUUCCCUCCUGGGAAUACAGCUCCAGCGAAGAUAAACUCUUCUGUGUCCAUAACAGUGCUCAGUUUUGGGUUUGAUUUUGAUUUCUCUUCCUUUGCUGUGGCUGGUGUUGAGAAUCUGAGUAGCAGCAGCGUUGCAGUGGCUCCGCGUUCGCUCUUUGUGUGGUUGUUUAGAACACUUGGCACGUUAGUUCUGCCCUUAGCCAGGUAAAACACCUGGUGGUUGUUGUUCCCUCCCUCUGAAUCCUGCACUCACAGCCAGGCACUGGAACUGCUCAGUUUUAGGAGAUUUUGGUGCUGCUCAGACAGGGCAGCAACGAAGCACAAAAGAAUCCCUCUCUGGAAUGACGUGAAGGCCUUAAAAGGCAGACCUGCAAAAGAUUCCCCUGGAGAAGUUUCAGGCUCUUGUGGCUAAGGUUGGGUGCUGUCAUCCAGCCUCUUUCUGCUGGAUUUCCUCUUGGAAUUGGAGCUGGUGGCUGUUUUUGUGUCCUCCCUGUAGGCAAAACUUCAUGUGAGCUGCAGGGUGAUGGCUCUGAGCUGCCACGGAAGGAUUUGGGGUGGGAAGAGAAGGGAUCCCUUGGGAGAGCACGGCUUCACGGAGCAGCCUUGGCUUUGCCUUCAGCCCUGGCGCUGCAAUCCCACAGGAUUGUUCCCAAAAAGGCCCAAACCCAGCCCCCCUGUGUGUUUGAUGCUCAAAACCCUAAGCUCCACACCUACAGCUGCCCCAGGGCUGUCUCUCCCCACACGAGCCAAACUCUCGUCUUUUGCAGGUCACUUUUUACCCCUGGCAUGCAUGAGGGAGUGUGGGAAGCCCAAAUCCAUGAAAAACUGAGCUUCCAGGAGGGAAAUGUGCCCUUCCCUGGGUUUCCUGAGCAUGGCAGGAGAGUGCCUGGCUGCCUGUGGAUGGAUCACCAGCCCUGUGCCCCUCUCCCUGACUGGGAAUGUAUCCCAGCACCACUGGAAUGUAUCCCAGCACCACUGGAAUGUAUCCCAGCACCACUGGAAUGUAUCCCAGCACCACUGGGAAUGUGUUCCAGCACCACUGGAAUGUAUCCCAGCACCACUGGAAUGUAUCCCAGCACCACUGGGAAUGUGUUCAGCACCACUGGGAAUGUGUUCCAGCACCACUGGAAUGUAAUCCAGCACCAUUGGGAAUGUGUUCCAGCACCACUGGGAAUGUGUUCCAGCACCACUGGGAAUGUGUUCCAGAACUUCCACGCUGCCUCUCCCAACUCCAUUCCUUGGUGGCAGCUCAGGAUAAUGGGAAUGAGGGCUGGAGUUUCUCCUGGUGAUCAUUUCUUGCCUGCUCAGCCCCAGCCCAGGGCCAGGGGUGGCACUGGGAGUGUCCCCAAGGCCAGGGGUCACAGUGGGGUCCCCAGGGUGGCACUGGGGCUGUCCCCAGGGGCUGUGUCCCUUCUGUCACCUCUCACCAGUGCAGGCUCCUGCCAGAGGAGGCUGCAGCUCCUGGUUCCCCCAUGGAAUGAUGUAAAAUGACUUGAAGCUCUGGAUUCUUUUCCUCUGGAAGUAAACGGGAGAAAAACCUC